GCAGUCAGUAGUUAGCGCGGUCGGCAACGCUGGCGCCGGAGCCGGGGUUAUCAGCAAGGCGCGUGCGCGACGCCCGGCGUGCGCAUAAAUAUCAUCGCUCGCUGACAACUGGCUUCAGUCCUCUCAGUGCGUCACGUAAAUCACACAUUAUUCAAAAUGGUUCGCAGUGCUCUUAGCGAAGAUAGUUGUGGUUACUGCACCGCUUGUGUGCGUGCCCGUUUAAGUGCUGCUCGGGGCCGUUGUCCUGAGCCUUCAGAGUGCGCCUACAAACAUAUCUUGGAGUCGUACAGCCCGAACGCAAAACCGGGCAAGGUGCCUGAUACGCCGAAAUCAGCGUGUGCCUCGUGUCGGUGGACGUCCCACGCUCAGUUUCCGGAGACUCCGCCCUCGUCGAGUGAUCUGAGCCUGGAGUGGAGCUCGCGGUCAUCGGAGCGGUCCCGCACGCGACGCCGCAAGAGAUAGGAUAGUGAGAACGUGUUGAACACACCGCUUGAGUUUUCAUCUAGAGGAACAAACCCUCAACAAUGUCGGUAGACGUCACCGGCGCCAGAUGGCUGACUUUCCAGUGGCACUGUAAGCCACUGGUAGGUACUUCAAUUGUGAUAUUAUUG